ACAUUGAUGGGCCUGGAUAGUAGCCAGUCUCACUAUAAGCAAGGGUGGGACUGGGCAAAAUUAACAGAGAAUUAUUCGGCGGCAGGAAAGAGACUGCUGAAAGGAAAGGCAGUGUUUGACUAAUCUGUCAAAAAGGACGGGUUGAAAGGAACAGUCGCUCGUCCUUGUUCGCCUUGUCGCCGAGCAAACACUAAGGCGCAUGCGCAGAAGGAAUGCUAGGAUUGACUUGUGGGCUGUCUCAAUAUCCGUCCCGACCAAUUCGGAGGCAGCGGGAGGCGGGGGGCGGGGUUUUUCACUUCACUGGCCCGCUAGGCGUUGGCGCGCGGGUUUUGUCGCGUUGCUGCCUUGAGCGCCAAGUGCUGUGGGCCGCGAUGGAGUCGGGGCUGCUUAGGCGUCUAGCUCCACGCCUGGGCAUCUCCGAGCCCGAGGUGCUGAGGAAAGCAGAAGAAUACUUUCGACUGUCCCACAUAAAGUGUGUUGGCCUGUCUGCACAUACCACAGAAACCAGCAAUGCUGUUAUGUGCCUGGACCUUGCAGCUUCCCAUGUAAAGUGCCCCUUGGACAGGACUUACUUAAUUAAACUUUCUGGUUUGAAUAAGAAGAUGUAUCAGAGCUGUCUUAAAUCUUUUGAGUGUUUACUGGGCCUGAAUUCAAAUAUUGGCAUAAAAGACCUUGCUGUACAAUUCAGUUGUACAGAAGCAGUGAACAUGGCUUCAAAGAUACUGCAAAGCUAUGAGUCCAGUCUUCCACAAAUACAGCAAGUGGACCUUGACUUAUCCAGGCCACUUUUUACCACUGCUGCACUACUUUCAGCAUGCAAGACUCUAAAUCUGAAAGUGGACAAAAAUAAAAUGGUGACUGUAUCUGGUGUAAAAAAAGCCAUAUUUGACCGUCUUUGUAAACAACUAGAAAAGAUUGCUCAGCAGGUUGAUAGAGAGCCUGGAGAUCCUGCUGUUCCACCUGUGAAAAAAAGGAAAAGAGCGACUGAACUUCCAACAAAGGGUUUCAGGAAAAUGAAUGAAUCAGGGAAGCCCUAAAAGGACAGAUAAACAAUGAAAAUGAAGUUGACUGGUGAGACACAAUAAGGACCAGAGGAUUCCUAGCCUGUGUAACUGAGCAGACACAGCACAACUCCAACCCCUGGCCACCAGGCAGGAAUAAGACUCAAUUGCCAGAGUGCUUUUUUCCUCAAGAUAAGUCAGAAGUUUAGGUAUCUUUGUAGAAAAAAAGAUGUUUUCAUCUACUUUUGAAUGUUGAGAACUAAAUCAAACUUAAACACUCAUUUGUCAUGUAUGGCAGUCAGAGCACCUCUGUGAUGUAGGCUUAAUCCACAAGCAGCUUGUUUGACACCAUUGACACCAUUGACUUGGAAUAGUGAUCUGAAAUCUGGUUUGUACUUUAGAAUUAUGAGGAUCUCUCAAAAAUACCAGUGACCUGCCUCAAACCCAACCAGUUACCUCAGAAUCUCAGAGGUAACUUUGAAGCUUCAGUGGUCAAGGAGAUCACAGAUACUAAGUAUCGACUCACCAUAUUGAGACAAUUAAGUCUCUCAGGUCAGCUUUGAGGCCUUUAGGAAAUCUGAAACAAUGCUUGCUGCGCUGGCAGAUGUGAGAGGUAGCAGAUGAAGGACUUAUAGUUGAAAAAAACCUAGAGAGUUAAGGCCCAGUAUCUGAGGUCUAACAUUACAGUCUACAUUAUCUGGGCCUGAAGUCAUAGAUGAGUCCCUUUAUAUUCCUGAAACCUCAGUCUUCACCCUUAAAAGGAAAUAAUAACUUCUUCCUAUUUUCCUUCUGUGAAUGUGUGAGGAGCAAAUGACAUAAUAUGCAUGAAACACUAUAUGGCUUUCAAAGCAAAAAGGCUGGGAAUGUUUGUAGACAGGGCUCCUUUCAAUUUAUUUAUUAAUUCAUUUUUUUAUUUUUAUGUAAUGUCAUAUAAGGCAAUGAACUCAACAUCGUAAUUAUAUAUGAUGCAACCUCAUGGACUCAACGUUUUACUUUCUUAUUUAGAGAGAUAUAAGGAGGGACAGCAAGAAAGAGGAGAAUUCUGUCUUCCCUGGGCAGAUGACCUCAUCAACAUGUCUUGAAACCUCACUAGGUGGAGUCGGGUGGUAGUG